GGUACUUUCAUUACUUUCACUUUAGUUUAGUGGCGGUUGCAGGAAAGAUAUGGCGCAGCGUGCACUUAUUCUCUCUUUAUUUGUGCUGACAGUCUCUCAGAAAGCUCCAGCAGCUCUGAUACAAACUCAGCACACUGUGAUGGCAGCAGUGGGAGAACAGGCCUGCUUAAACUGUCAGCUCAUGAAAUCUAAGGACGUUCAUCAAGUCACCUGGCAGAAGAUUCUACCUGAUGGAGAGAGUAAUGUGGCCACCUACAACAAAUAUUCCAAGAAACUGGUGAACCUUGGUUUUCAAGGUAAAGUGGAGUUAAUUAAUGCUGGACUGCAGAACAGCUCCAUCCUGAUCAGGAACGUGACGGAGGAGGAUGAAGGCUGCUAUCGCUGCAUGUUUAACACCUACCCUGAUGGAGCUCUCAUUGCUACAACCUGCCUCAAACUCUACGAGCUGCAUGGACCCGUUCUUCACGUCAGAGAAUCAAACUUUUCUGAAGAGGCCGUUGUUUUCUGCUCAGCUACGGGUCGACCUGCUCCCACUGUCACAUUAAACGCCCUGCAUCAAAAACUCAACGUUUCUAUAGACAGUUUCAAAAACACAAACGGUACGGUCACUGUUAACACCACAUGUUUGCUGAGGCGUAGCUAUGACAACAGCACACAGGUUGAAUGUGAAGUUCAAGUGCCCUCCGUUCCUCUGAAGAAGGACUCUGUGAUGAUUCCUGCAGUCCAGCUGUCGUCUGAAGAUGGUUCAAAGGUCGACACUGGAUCUAAUGACGCUGGUAUUACUCUGGUCAUCGCAGCAGUUGUGACAGUCUCUUUAGUGGUUCUUCUGUUCUGUCUUCUGUGCUUUCUGAGACGAAAACUACUGAACAGCCCAAAGUCUUGGUGUAAGAACAAGGAGGAUCCUGAGGUGAUCAAAACACCGCUACCUACUGAGAAACCUCUCAUGAACAGAACGCCUUUCAUGCAUCAACAGAACGAGCAGGAGGGCCUAAGGCAGCGGUCUUCUGUUAAAAAGAUGAUCAACUUCAUAAAACAAGCUUCAUCUCGGACACCACAGUGUAAAAAAAAGCUAACUCUUUAGUGAUGCAGAAACACACAAGGUGACAAAGUGAACAAGAGUGACUUCAACAUAUCAGUCCAGAUGUUGCAGCAUGUUAGAGGACACACAUCUGUGUCUGCUGAUGAGUGUUAAGUCCAGCAGAUUCUCUUUUGAAUCCAUAUGAUGCAUUUGCUGCCUUUUUUAUGCAUCUCUUGUUCAUACAUUUUGAUAUAUUUUUAAAUACAUUUGAAUUAUGCAGCUUCAAUUUUCCUCAUUUCAUUCUAAGUCUUCAUUUAAAACAAACCCAACAAUGAACUUACCGUGGACCAAUAGUAUACUCUGAUAAUACAUAAUGAAUGUUGGUUACCUUUCGGUUUUACCAGAAAUAACAAACCAGAAUUCAUGUAUGUGUCAUGGUUGUGUGUGAUAGGUCCACAAGAGAUCAUUUACAAUAAAAUGUUUUUGUUCAGCAUUUCCAAACCAGUGACCCCAUGUAUGACCAUAAUACUUAUUUUGUCAGAUAAAGUGACAAAGUGUCCACAUUUUCCUCCUUUUCUAACCACAGGAUGUAUUAACUGCAGUGCUGUGAGUUCAGCUGCAGUUGCACAACAUGUCCACUAGAUGGGGUCUUUGUUAUACUUUUUGUUUUUGAAUACUGCCCGUAUAUAAUAACCACUACUGUAUUUUUCUUUGCUUACUCUUUAAACGAAACAAAGUAUACACUAAUAAUGAAUCAUACAUGUUUGUGAGCUUUAAUGCCAGCAGAAUUCAUAAUAAUUCAAAAUCAUAGAUCAGGCAUGUCUUUUACAAUAUUUGUUUUCUAGACUGUACAUAUUAAACUUCACAUGUAGUUUUG